GCUAUAGUCUUUACUUAACCUAACAUUAAAUGUGCAUUUUACUUGAAAAUAUGUACAUUUGAAAUCUAAUUUGAAACAAAGAAAUAAACUUUUUUUUUUAAUCUUUUUUAUUUUUAUAAAAUAUGUUAAUAAAAGUUAUAUUCUUUACGAUAGUUUCAAUGUAUGUAUGUAAAAAAAAUUAAAUGUAUAUGUUGAUAUAUAUUUAAUAAUUGUAAUCUUUUAUAAAAGAUAAUAUAUUAAAAAGAAUGUACCUCACAGUAAAAAUAUAUACUAUUUUCUAUUUUUAUUCAUUUCGGCGAGUGUGUCGCGUACUGACGCGACGUGCGAUCAAAAAUGAACAAUUGCUUGAAAUGUAGGAACCUUACUUUUCGUAAGCAUUACCGACGGUAUAGUAAUCGUGGCGCCACAUUGUGGCCAAAGACAGCAAUACAGGCUACAUCUAGAUAAGUCGUAACAGGGGAAAAUGUCUCGCAGGUAUCUGGUUUGACGAACCACGAUGCGUGCGAGGUGUAUGUGUGUGCGUAUCGUGUGAAUUUUCGCAGGUGGUGAUUUUUCGUGCAGAACGAAUAUCCGAGAUUUGCCGGUGGACGGACGCUAGUCGAAACAAGGAGACGCGAGUUCGAGGCGCCGUGAUCGUGGGGCGUAUCCCAAAAUCGUGGGGGAAAAACGGCCCUGCUUUCGUUCAGUAAACUUCGUCGCGAUACGUGCGUUGAGUUUUAUCGUGCCCCGUGAGAAAAUCGUGAUCCUGCAAAAAAAAGUCGAGUGAGAACAAAUCGAAAAGGUUGGAUAUCAACGAGUCGAAGGAUGUCGCUUUGACAUGACGAAUACCGAGCUGAUUCAGUUUUCCGAACGACGUCGAAUCGCUUUGUAAUGAAAUUUUUGAAAUUUUAAAAAUUUUAUUGUCAAACAAAUAACCUUCGCACAACUGUCAAACCUUUUUUGUUAUCGUCGGACGCCUUACUUUGAAUCACUGCCAAUGUGUAACCCGGCUAACGAUUCUUACGUACAAAAGUUAGGUUAUCUGCAACUUGGGGAUGAACCCACUGACGCCGGUGGUGCUUCGGGUACCGGUAGGGUCACGGGAUCACGACCUGAGGCCCAGGUGCCCGUGUCAAGGAAUACCGUAAGCAGAACAGAUAUCAGAGGGCCUGGUAGACCAGUUGGUGCUAUUGAAAGUUUCAUUGAAAGCAAUGCUGAGACUUGUAGACAGUCGGCAGCUGAUUAUAAGUUGUAUGAACGUGAAAACAUAAUAGCUGCAUCAAGAUUUCCCACACCAAAACCUGUGGAGCAGAUCAGUGCUCAACAACAACAAAAUCAAAAUCGUAUGAGUCAUCAACAAGCACCAGUAUAUGAAAACAUUGACUAUUAUCCGCAACAAACUCAACCUCAUCCUCCAUAUUAUCAUCCAGUGGAAUCCAGAAAGAGUCCUAAGAGUAGUCCUAGGGGAUCUUUAGCAAGCGAAUCUUAUGAACCUACUUUUAGAAAAGCACAGCCACAGGUACCUACUGGAAAUCGAUAUCAGUCUGCGUCACCAGCAAAAGAAUUACCUCCGUAUGAGGCACCUCCUGUAUAUGAAAAUAUUCAAGAAGUACAUUUCCCAGAAAAUACACAAAAUAAACCAGGUCCUCAGGUUCCACCAAAUUAUUACCAUCCAGCAACAAUUAAUGGUGGUGAUUAUGUUGUCAUGACUGGCAAAGUAGGUCAAUCACAAAGUCAAAGAGGUGUGACGCAAAGUUUAUCAUAUACACAACAAAGGGGAAGUAACAUACGUGGCCAAAGCUAUGACAGCUCUAGUUUACAACGCUGUGUAGAUUCUACAUCAAGGUAUUUACAAGGAUCUUCCUCAUCUUUAGAUCAUCAAGCUGGUAGAAGUGCUUAUGUUCCGCCGUCUGAGCUACAAACACCAACAAGAAACUUUAAUUAUAAUUCUGAACAACAGCAACAACAUUCUCCUAGAUCUGGACUUCCUUAUCACAGUGAGUCUCCACCAAUACGCUUACCACCAGAGCCACAUCAUUAUCGUGGAUCUUUGGAUAGUUCAAUGAGUGGGCAGCAUGGAUUUAGAGCAUCGAAUCAUAUAGAAAAUAUACAACAGUCUCAGUACCGUCAAGAUAGUCCCCAAAAUUAUAAACCUUACAUAGAAUCACCGGCAAGAAGUACAAAUGCAAAUAUUACUGGAGAAACUCAGGCUAGAAACUCACCAGUCUAUGGUGUGAGGCAAGGAGAUCAGUCUGCAUGCCGUAAUUCUCCCUGUUACUCUCCAAGUAGAGUAUUACCACCAAAUGAGAGAAAUUAUCAUCAUCAAGAACCUAGACCAGAAUUUCCUACUAGAAAUUCUCCGAUAUAUUCCUCAAAUAGAUCAUCAGAACAUUUAAGAUUAAGUAAUUUACAGAAUGACAGAAAUUUCAUUCAAGAUGCAUCUGAUCCCCCUGAUACAUCAAAACCAUCGCCUAUAUAUUCAUCUAGCCGUAGCGAUUCUUCCAGAAUCAUAGCCAAUAACAAUAGCGUAAGAGGUACUCCGAAAGUAAGCCCAACCCAUAAUCAAGUAUCGUCCGACACAAUUGCACAAAACGUAAUUAAUUCGCCAAGACAUGUGUCACCAUCUUCCGCAAAUAAUACCAUCGGAAGCCCUUUACGUGGUCAGAUACAAACACCAGUGACUACUACGACACCAAUUGCCACAGAAACUGAUGCAAACGUUCACGGGCCCAGAAUCACCAGCCUUCCUCCAGGAGUGACUAGUGGUGUAGCUGGUCCGGUCUUUUUAAAUGCCGGUGUACCUGUAUUACAAAGGCCAUCCGAACCUGAACCCGAGGAGAGGAAGUCAGUUAGUCCACCAAUGAAACCGACAUCCGGCAAGGGGCUACUACCCUACAAUGUUAUACCACCUAGACCUUCCUACAAUCGAACAAGAGAUCCGUAGCAUCAUUUUAUCCGAGCUCAAAGUUCGAAAUUUCUAAGACAUUUAAAUGGAAAUUCAAUUCUAGUCGUUCUAAUGGUUUUAACCAGUAUUUUUCGAAUAAUUCUUACGAUAGUUGUGUUGAAUUCUAUUUGAACACUAGUUUAAGACGUAGGCAACGAGGAACGGAAAGAAUCACACGAGCGGAUAGGAACUUCAGUCGAGCGAGCCAAUGUCGAGAGGUAGGCUGGCGUUUAGGUAUCUGUCACACAUGUGGUGAAAAAGUAACAGGGGCAGGUCAGGCCUGCCAAGCCAUGGGCAAUCUUUAUCACACGAAUUGUUUCAUAUGCUGUUCUUGUGGAAGAGCGUUGCGCGGCAAAGCGUUCUAUAAUGUUCACGGCAGGGUAUACUGCGAGGAAGAUUAUUUGGUAUGUAAGACAGUAAUUGCAAUGGACGCGUGGUACGAUGACGUAGCUCAUAGAAUGUUGUUUUGUCCGCAGUACUCUGGCUUCCAACAAACUGCCGAGAAGUGCGCAAUUUGUGGCCAUCUCAUCAUGGAAAUGAUAUUACAAGCCAUGGGGAAAUCCUACCAUCCAGGGUGCUUUAGAUGUUGCGUCUGCAACGAAUGUCUUGACGGUGUUCCCUUCACGGUUGACGUUGACAAUAAAAUUUACUGUGUUAACGAUUAUCACAGAAUGUUCGCGCCAAAAUGUGCUUCCUGUGGAAAGGGAAUCACUCCAGUUGAGGGCACAGAGGAAACUGUGAGAGUUGUUUCUAUGGACAAAGAUUUUCACGUAGAUUGCUACGUUUGCGAGGAUUGCGGUAUGCAAUUGACCGACGAACCGGACAAACGAUGCUACCCACUCGAUGGUAGACUUAUGUGUCGUGCGUGCCACAUCCAACGUAUAUCUCAUACGCAACCCAGAGCACCACAGCCAGUAUCAGCUAGUUAUCAAUUUAUGGGAUAAAUUAAGUUGAAUAACUCUUAAGUCGAUUUUCUUAAAAUUAAUCUGCGUAUCAUCCAGUAAUGAACAUCGUUAAGAACUGACUGAACAAACCGACCUAUUACUAAGGUAAAAUUUAUACAUAUUUAUCGAUUUACGAAGUAGAAAUUUAUAAAGGACACAUAUACCGAUAUUUGCAAUAUAAUCAAUCAACGACUACAGAAGUAACGUAGCUUUAUUGUUCCUCUAAAACGUGAAGGUUUUAACGUAACGUAGCAAGACUGGAUAUUUACAGAAUCGAAAUACACUGCCUUUUGGGAUCAUUUA